AUGGACAACGCACCAAUUUUCCGAAUACCACCACCUAAGUCAUCCAUUUUCCUUCUCAGCUUCCCCGCAGUCGGAAUCUUGCUGGUCACCAUCAACCGCGAGGAGCAAAGGAACUCCGUCCCCGUCGUCGGACACUCAGAGGGCUUGCAGAUCUGGCACUGGUUCGAUGACGAACCGUCUCUCCGCGUGGGGAUAGUGACAGGAAAGGGCACCAAGGCAUUUUGCGCGGGCGCUGAUUUGCUGGAGCAGCGAGACCCGCCCAGUCACUUCAACUUUGCAGCCCCAGUUCCCGAAGAUGGGUUCAUGGGACUCAGCUUGCGUCGCGGGAAGAAGCCGGUGAUCGCCGCGGUGAACGGGAUCGCGUUUGGCGGGGGGUUUGAGGCGUGUCUGAACUGCGACCUCGUCGUCUCCUCCCCGGAGGCCGAAUUCUCCCUACCAGAAGUGCACAUCGGGGCGUUUGCGGCUGGCGGGGGGCUGGCGCAUAUCGUUCGGGCGUGCGGCCUGCAGAUCGGGAGUGAACUGGCAUUAACAGGAAAAAGAGUUUCAGCCCAAGAGGCAAAGAGUCUGCGGUUUAUCAAUACCAUCGCCAAGUCGCCAGAAACGGUGGUGGAUGAAGCAAUCAAGUCAGCGAGGCAGAUCGUCGGCGUUUCGCCAGACUCGGUUAUUGUUUCGAGAUAUGGGUUGAAAGAAGCGUUAGAGGUGGAAACUAUUGAACGACACACGCGCCGCACGACGAAGCAAUAUGGAAGAGCUCUCAUGCAGGGCGAGGACUAUCGGAUUGGCGUGGAGGCAUUUGCGAACAAGAAGGAACCGAAAUGGGUGGAUUCCAAACUGUGA